GUCGAAGUGUCAAAGUGAAAGCGAAAGGAUCGUCUCGGCGUGAAUUAAUGGAAGUGAGGUUAGGGAUAUUAUCCACGUUGUUGCUUACGCCACUCGUGUGUCGUCAGCUAGUGAAAGCAAAUUGCCAUAUUACACGUCCCAGUUCUGCGAGAUUAAACAAAUCCAUCUCCCAAAAACGAUCAUUUGCAGAUUGGGGAUCAAAAAAGAAGUACAGGAACGUGAAGAUUAACCUAGACUGGCACACUAUGGGCGAUCCACAAAUUGAAGCGGCUCUUGCUCCUUUGAGAGAAAAAGUUAAGGAACAGGGGGAUUUAGUACGAUCCUUGAAAGCCAGUGGCGCCCCAGAACUAGAUGUGAAAAAAGCUGUAGCCGAACUCAAAGUUCGAAAAAAGAUUCUUGAAGAUAAAGAACUUCAACUGGCUCCUGCGGCAGCUACAUUUGACAGAUCUAAGAUGGAGGAUCUUCUCAAGAGAAGAUUUUUCUAUGAUCAAUCAUUUGCAAUUUAUGGAGGUAUCACUGGACAGUUUGAUUUUGGACCAAUGGGAACAGCCUUUAAAGUAAACAUGCUCAAUUUUUGGCGAAGGUUCUUCAUAAUUGAGGAGCAAAUGCUGGAGGUAGACUGUUCCAUUUUGACACCCGAACCUGUUCUCAAAGCUUCAGGCCAUGUUGAUCGAUUUGCUGAUUUGAUGGUAAAAGACACAAAGACUGGUGAAUGUUUUCGACUCGAUCAUCUGAUUAAAGCUGCUUUGGAGAAAAUCUCUCAUGACAAGAAAACAACAAAUGAAUUGAGGGAUGAAAUUUCUGAUAUAUUGAUAAAGUUGGAUGGCAUGACCAAGGAUGAGAUGGCAGCAAUUUUGAAGAAGUUCAAUAUUCUUUCUCCUCUCACCAACAAUGAGCUGACUGAACCUAUCGAGUUCAAUUUAAUGUUCCAAACUCAAAUUGGACCGUCUGGGCUUAUUAAAGGAUUUCUGAGGCCGGAGACAGCACAAGGUAUAUUUGUCAACUUUAAACGGCUGCUGGAGUUCAACCAAGGUCGACUGCCUUUCUCAGCUGCUCAGAUCGGCAACGCUUUCCGGAACGAAAUCUCACCGAGAUCUGGCCUUAUAAGAGUCAGAGAGUUUACGAUGGCUGAGAUUGAGCAUUUUUGUGACCCGAGAGACAAAUCUCACCCAAAGUUCUCCAGUAUCAAGGAUACAGUGAUGAUGCUUUAUUCUGCUUGCAAUCAGAUGGAUGGGAAGUCUGCCGAGUCUAUCACGAUUGGUGAAGCUGUGGCUACGGGGCUGGUGGCCAAUGAAACCUUGGGCUACUUCAUGGCGAGGAUACAUCAGUUCCUAGUACAAGUUGGUGUGGACGAGGGUAGACUGAGGUUCAGACAACACAUGGGCAACGAGAUGGCUCACUACGCUUGCGACUGCUGGGACGCGGAGUGCUUCACCUCCUAUGGAUGGAUAGAAUGUGUUGGGUGUGCGGACAGGUCUGCUUAUGACUUGAACCAACACUUCAAAGCCACCGGAACAAAACUGGUCGCCGAAAAGAAACUUGCUGAACCGAAAAAAAUUAAUUUUACUGAGGCAGUUCCAAACAAACCAGCAAUCGGUAAACUUUUCAAGAAGGAUGCAAAAAUUAUAAAUGAAGCGAUAGCAGCUAUGGAUGAGAACGCCCUUUCAUCCAUGAAACAACAGUUGGAAAAGGCUGGGGAAUACUUGUUAAAUGUAGGGGGGAGUGAGUUCAAACUGACUUCUGAUCUGGUCGCUGUUAACUCUGGUGAAAAACUUGUACACGUGGAGGAGAUCAUUCCCAACGUGAUAGAGCCGUCCUUUGGCAUUGGCAGAAUCAUGUACUCCGUCUUCGAACACAACUUCCAUAUCAGACCUGAUGAUGAACAAAGAAACUACCUGAGUCUACCCCCAGUUGUUGCUCCUCUGAAGGUCGCAAUCUUCCCUCUCAGCUCAAACGAAAAGUUUGACGAGCUUGUCAGGACACUUUCGGUGCUCCUGACCAAAGAAGGUAUUGCCCACAAGGUGGACGACUCCAGUGGGUCGAUUGGGCGACGCUAUGCUAGGACAGAUGAGAUCGGCGUUCCCUUUGGAAUCACAGUAGACUUUGACAGUUUGUCAGAACAAGUUCCUUCCGUAACUGUUCGCAACAGAGAUACGAUGACUCAAAUCAGGGCCAACGUGACAGACAUUGCCCCUCUCUUGAGGUCGUUGUCCAUGGGAGAAAGUUCCUGGGAAGACGUUGAGAAGAAGUUCCCCAGGUUCGAACAACAACAAACUACCCAAUCUGGGUAAACAACUAAAGUAUUUAUUUAGGUUUAAAACCCCGGUUAUUUAAUAAAGCUUUUAUAAUUUAUGCCUGAAA